GGGCACGGCCGACGGGGGGUAAUGUUCGUGAGCCAAUCUCAUGUCAAGCUUGCUCGGCGUCUCUACUAUCAAUGGCGUUUGCUGCGGCCGAGAAGGACGGCGAAGGCACUUGGUGCGCGAGGUUACAGACGCCUUUGGUGGAGCGGCCGAACGACGCGCCGCCAUGACCCGACCAGUUGUUACAGAGCCUUCGCUCCAUCUGUCAUAAAACUCCUCUCGUAGGUGUCUCGCAAAUCCACACACAAUGCUCGCCCCUCUUUUUCUCGCACUCAGCGUCGCCGCAAACCCCGUGGCUCGGCAGAACGCCGCCACGAGCCCCAUCGCAGGCUUUGUCGUGCCCCCGCCCCGAGGCUGGAACUAUGAGCAGGCGUCCGUGGGUCCAUGCGGCGGCUUUGCGCCCACAAACAACCACACAUACUGGGGAAUGCGCGCCGACUUCCUCCUAACGGUUGCGAACGACAUUUCGGACGUCCGGCUCUCGUUCUCCAAGUCCGGGGACAUGAGCGACUCCGUCCUCUUCGGGCGCAUCGCCAAGGCGACGGCCGGCCAGAUCUGCCUCGACGACCCUGUCGACUUCGCGGCCCUAGGACUCACGCGCAGCGACGAGAUUACCGUCCAGCUUGCGUACCACGACGACGUUACCGGCUCGGAGAUGUACAACUGCGCGGACAUCGCGUUGACUUCCGACCACGCCGAUCGCGAGUGGAACAUCCAGUGCCGGAACACAUCGUAUAUCCACGUUGAGCAGGGUGAAAGCGGAAGUGGCAGCGGAAGCGUGAGUAAGCAGAAAGUAAGCCCGCUUGCCGCGGGAUGGAUCGGCGCGUGCGUUACUCUCGCCGUCGUCGGCCUAUUGGCGCUCGCGCUCAAGUUCGGCGGGUGCCUCUUCUUCAACAGGAGUAGCUAUAACCGCGCCAAGCGCCGCUCGCAGAGCCGCCAAUUUGACGACAAUUCGAGCGACAUCAGUCUCAACACACGCCCGUCGAUGCAGAAGCAGCCCGUGGGCAUCUAAAUAGAGGUGGCAGAUGUAUAGUUUUGCAGAAUUGAGGGACUUUCUGGAGUUUGUCAACUCUCAUUGGGUUAUUAACUGGAGCAGAACAUCCUUCUUGAAUAACGCAGCGAAAGAAAUAGGGAACAUGAACGAGUUGAU